UUUUUUAAAAAUGAAUAAACUUAUUGACGAUAUUCGCAAUAUAUUUAAUGAGGAUUUGGUUAACACUGAAGAAGUGAGACGAGUUUUGGAGGAAUAUAAAAGCAACCCUAAGGAUUGGAAUGAAUUUGCACUUUUUGAUCCUCACAAAUAUACACGCAAUCUGGUAGAUGCAGGCAAUGGAAAAUACAAUUUAAUGGUUUUGUGUUGGGGCCCGGGUAUGGGAUCGAGGUGA